GACACACAGCCGUGACCUCAGUGGCAGAAGGGUACAUGCAGCAGGCAGCCCUCCCCUUUAAACGCGUCACUCGCCGGGUUGGCUGGCUGGCUGGCUGGCUAGUAUUUGGCUGUGUGGUGCGUGCGGUCGGACUGUGGUUGUGCUUCAGGUCGGGUCGUGUUGAUAACGACACACUUCGGACGCAUUUCAUCGCGGGGAGAUGGGAAUGUGGAUGAAAUGGCUCUAAAAGAAAUCGCUCUCGCGCUCGUGGCCCUGCUCGGCUCGGCGGCUCUCGGUGACGCUUUACGGUGUAACUGCACAAACUGUGAGAAGACUGGCUAUGAGUGUGAAACUGAUGGCGCCUGCAUGGCCUCCACAUACUACAUCCAGGGGAAGGAGCAACACGUACGCAUCUGUAUCAACCGGGACAACCUGGUCCCCCCUGGACAACCGUUCUACUGUCUGAGCGCCGAAGGCCUGCUCAACACGCAUUGCUGCUAUUUAGAUUACUGCAACAGUAUUGAAGUCCCUGUCCCAACAAAGGACUGGUCUGGCUCAGGAAGCUCCUGGGGGCCGGUGGAGCUGGUGGCGGUCAUCGCAGGGCCAGUGUUCCUCCUCUGUGUGCUGCUGAUGGUCGGCGUGUUCCUGUUCCAAUAUCACCAGAGGGCCUAUAGCCACAGGCAGAGGCUGGAGGUAGAGGACCCAUCCUGUGACCAUCUGUACUUGGCUAAGGACAAGACCCUGCAGGACCUCAUCUAUGACAUGUCCACCUCGGGAUCAGGCUCUGGUUUGCCUCUGUUUGUGCAGCGGACGGUGGCUAGGACCAUUGUGCUGCAGGAGAUCAUUGGAAAGGGACGUUUUGGUGAAGUGUGGAGAGGGAAGUGGAGAGGAGGGGAUGUGGCCGUGAAGAUCUUCUCAUCCAGAGAGGAGCGCUCCUGGUUCAGAGAAGCUGAGAUCUACCAGACGAUCAUGCUGCGCCACGAAAACAUCCUAGGAUUCAUUGCAGCAGACAAUAAAGACAAUGGUACAUGGACUCAGCUGUGGCUUGUGUCAGACUAUCAUGAGCACGGCUCUCUUUUUGACUAUCUUAACCGCUACUCUGUCACCAUCGAGGGCAUGAUCAAGCUGGCACUGUCAGCUGCCAGCGGCCUGGCACACUUGCACAUGGAGAUCCUUGGCACUCAAGGUAAGCCUGGCAUUGCUCACCGAGACCUCAAGUCUAAAAAUAUCCUGGUGAAGAAGAAUGGCAUGUGUGCCAUCGCUGACCUCGGCCUGGCAGUCCGCCACGAGUCCAUCACAGACACAAUCGAUAUAGCGCCGAACCAACGCGUAGGCACUAAGAGGUACAUGGCUCCAGAAGUCCUGGACGAAACCAUCAACAUGAAACACUUUGAUUCCUUCAAGUGUGCUGACAUUUACGCGCUGGGCCUUGUGUACUGGGAGAUUGCACGUCGCUGCAAUGCAGGAGGUAUCCACGAGGAGUACCAGCUACCCUACUACGACCUCGUACCCUCUGACCCCUCCAUAGAGGAGAUGAGGAAGCUGGUGUGUGACCAGAAACUGAGGCCGAAUGUGCCCAACUGGUGGCAGAGCUACGAGUCGCUGCGUGUGAUGGGUAAGAUCAUGAGGGAGUGCUGGUACGCCAACGGAGCCGCCAGACUGACGGCCCUGCGCAUCAAAAAGACCCUCUCUCAACUCAGCGUGGAGGAGGACGUCAAGAUGUGAGCGGCGAAAAGGUGUGCUGGAGACGCACAACCAGACCACACUCCCAUAGGAAACAAACACUAAAGACAGACUGCAAAUGAAAACCCUGCCAGUUUUAAAGCCACACCAAGUUGUGACGAGGCCUACCUCACCUUUUUAGCCAAAACUACUGAGUCACUCUUCCCCUUUUUGACUUUACGCUCCCCCAGCCUCUCUUUUGUUCCUCGUGUCUCCUCCCUGUUCCUUCAACCUCCCCUUCUCCAUGGGCCCACAACAUUACCGCAAUACCACUGUUAAUAUCACAAUCAACCUUUUUUUUAUUUUCUCCAUUUCCCAUGGCAGGAAUUACUACUACUGUACAGUGACAGGAUUAUUUAGUUUGAUCUCUUUUACCUCUCUGAAAUAUGUCCCAUGAUGGACUAACCUUGUCCAGAAGAGUCAAGAAUGUUUUAUGUUUAAGAAUAAUAACACUGGCCAUGCAGCAUCACAUUAUGUUGCUGUUUGUUUGUUUGUUUGUGUGUGUGUGUGUGUGUGUGUGUGUGUGUGUGCGUGCGCAUGUGUAAGGGGAAAAGAGGCUGAAGCACUGUUUCUAGUCGUGUGUGUGUGUAAAAGGAGUCUGGACUACUAGCAUGUUUCUGAGACACUAAGAUGUCCUCUGCUGUCGGCUGGCGCUCAGUAGACAAAUCCAGUAAUGGGACAUUUAAGCAUGAACAGCCAGGUUUUGCUUUUUUAAUCCCUCACUUGAAUAUCCUUCAAAUGGAGACGAGAUGCACUCAACUGUAGCUUCCUCAUCAUGUGUUCCACCUGCAGGUAUCGCAUGACCCAUGUGGUUCAGUCCUGUUAGUUUAAAAUGUGUCGGGGAUAAUGUUUGGGAUGGUUUUUACUUUUUAUUUAUUUGUUGAUAGUUUUUAUUUCAUAUUGAUGAACACUGUGAGAUGUGACAAGCCAGAGUCUAAUAUGACAUGAACAUUAAUGUUGUAGUUCAGUCCAAGUCUUCACCAUCUUUCAGAUGUCAGAUUAAGGGGAUGUUUUCUGAGCGCAAAUAUGGAUGUAGCCAUAACCCCCUUUUGUGACGGGCGAUAACAUCGUGUCCACUGGGCAAAUAAGAGGUGUAUGAAAUGGCAAUGGAAAAUACUGUUUUGUUUUAAAAAAUAUAUUUUUGAGUUUUUGUGUAAAGACAUCAUAAUUGGUGUUUUCUUUUGACAUUAGACACUACUGAUGAUGGGUACAUAUGAUUUGUAUAUAAAACAUGCAUUUGUUUGCCCCUCUUAUGCCACAAGCAUCAGUGGGACGUCUGAACAGUGAUCUUUGCUUUAACGGUACUUUCAGAGGUCCGUUUUGAUUUCUCUGCAUGGUUUCUAACUGCCAGGAAAUGGACUGUCAUCUGCUGGAAUUUGUUUUUAACUUGCUCCUCUCACGGCAAUUUGGUGGUACUACUGAUCCCAGAUAACUUUGCUGCAACCUGUUAUUAUGUAUAAUUGUUGGAAUUGCUUGUUGAGUUCAGUAAUGCAGAUCUGUUUCUACAUGAAAUGUCCUCCAGGGUGACAUCUUUCUCAUUGACACUGGAAUAUGUAGACUCCUCAUGUAACCUUCUGAUGAUGCCGAUGGCUAUUUAUUCAGAAGCAAAGACAGCUGCUGACGGUUCACCCACAGGGAGCUGACGGUUCGGUGUUUAAAGUAGCGGAGUGGUUUUACCCUUAAAGACUAACAUGCUCGAAAGUGAACCUGCAUGUUUUCAUUCUAUUUGAGUCUGUCUGCAGACUAAUCUGUGAAAGUAUUACACUGACGGUUGUCACAGUUGGGCUCUGCACUGUUAUGUCCACACGGGCGUUAGUUCAUGUUAAUCAUGUCAUCACUUCAUCCUGAAGCCCCCUGUCCUGUUCAAAUCCCAUUUUGCAUGCCGUCUCAAACACUGGGUCCUCUGCACUGAGGUCGAUAAACGUAAGACUUGUCUCCUCCCUCUCACUACCGGUUGUUUUCUUUUUUGUUGGGGUCGUUGGCCGUGUACCCCAGAAAUGUUGCUGCUACUAUUAACAUGGUGCAAGUUCAGCCAGCAGAUCGGAGGAGGAGAGCUGGGAGAGAAAAUAGGGAGACUGCUGUCAGUUGAACCAAAAUUGUCAAAACCCUCCUGUCCAUGUUUGAUUUGUUGCCCAUUGGUAUAUGACCAUCAGACAUCCUGUUCAUAAGUAAUACUUCAACAUUUCAAAAAUCAUGUUGUGCUUUUCAGAAUUGGUUUAAAAAUGUGUAUAUAGAUGAUAUACAAUAAAUUCCUCUUUUUCUUA